AUGCUUGUCGGCGUCGUCCUCGAGAUCUUCCUGCGCAGCAACCGGGACGCGUACAGCGAGUCCGAGUACAACGCCCUGGUCAGAUGCGCUCGGAUGAUCAUGGACUCGGAUGCGUGGAGUCGCGGCGUGCAUCACAUCCUGCUCGACGUCGACGUCGCCACGUGCAUGGAGCGCAUCCGAAGACGUGGCCGCGGUGGCGAGGAUCUCAUAAGCGCCAACUACAUGCACACGCUCGACACCGCCUACCGGGACCUUGCGCGCACGACUCCGGGGAUCACGGUGCUCCCAAUCCGAUCCAACAUGGACCGCGUCGCCGUCGUAGAGCGCGUGUUGGACGUCAUCGGUUCCAAAAUCCAAUAA